AUGAGAUGGAAAACAAACGAAACAAAAGAGACCACAGACGACGAGGAUGCGAGGGAGGGGACGAGGGGGACUUGGAAGGAUUUCGCGUGGAGCUACCGACGGGUGGUGAUCUUGUUAAGCGUGGGCCGAGGCGGAGGGGCUAUUUUGUGCUGGUCUGAGGAGGAUGUGCGUUCGGGGGCUACUGGCCUGCUGGCGUGUUCGAUGGCGUGGGAGGUAUUCGCAGUGGGACGAGAUGUUGCGAAGGUCCAAAAGAAAGCGUCCGGAUUUCCGUUGGCUGUUGGACGAUGGAAAGUCUCGGAUGAGACGGAAGCCGGAUGUGAUGUGUAA